CUGAGCUGUCUGCGAGAGAUGUAGUAAUCAGACCUCCUCCAGACCGCAGGAAGACUAGGAGACAAGACAGUGCUCGGGCAAGGUGUCCGUGUUAUCUCGGUAUGUAACUGCUGCCUGUCUCUGCAUUUCUACCUGAAGCCUUCUGCAUCUUUAGAGCCAAUAUGCCAGAGCAAAGCAAUGAUUACCGGGUGGUUGUAUUCGGGGCGGCAGGAGUUGGAAAAAGUUCCCUGGUUCUUCGUUUCGUGCGAGGAACUUUCAGAGAAACCUAUAUCCCCACCAUAGAAGAUACCUACAGGCAGGUCAUCAGCUGCGAUAAGAACAUCUGCACCCUACAGAUCACCGACACCACGGGAAGCCAUCAGUUCCCCGCCAUGCAAAGGUUGUCCAUCUCCAAGGGGCAUGCUUUUAUCUUGGUUUACUCGGUCACCAGUAAACAGUCCAUGGAAGAACUUAAGCCGAUCUAUGACCAGAUCUGCCAGAUAAAAGGAGAUACCCACAACAUUCCCAUCAUGCUGGUUGGCAAUAAGAGCGAUGAGUCUCUAAGGGAGGUCCAGACUUCUGAAGGGGAAAGUGUGGCCAACAAGUGGAAGUGUUCCUUCAUGGAGACCUCCGCCAAACUCAACUACAACGUACAGGAAUUGUUCCAAGAACUUUUAAAUUUGGAGAAGAGGAGAGCGGUUAGUCUUCAAGUGGCUGGAAAGAAGUCCAGGCAGCAGAAAAAGAAAGAGAAGCUGAAAGGCAAAUGUUCUAUAAUGUAAGAUGACCUCAGUCAGAAGGACUCCUAGCACUCAGUGCAUGAGGCAAUCCAGACUUUCUCCGGCAUCAAAACGAGAAAAGCGUUACCUUUUUGGAUGGACUACUUUGCGGAAAGUGGUGGCAGGACUUUGUGGCAUGGUGGUUUACUAUAUGAACCGUGUAUCAUUUCUGAAGCCAAGCUGCCCGCAUGUUUAUUGCGCUCCAUUUUGCAGCUGCUCAUACAUUAUAUAUAUUUUUUUGCAUCUGAUUAUUAGCUCAGUAAUGAUGGCAAUAGGUUUAUGGGCUGUGUCUGUAUCUAGGAGAUGAGGUUGGUUUUAAGAUGUCUGACUGCAGACUACACAGAAGGACAGCAUCGGUGUAAUGUUUGCAUGCCAGGCUGAUUACGGAAAAGAUAUGCUGCUGUAAAUUAAA